UCAGUUGGAAUGAGUCUGGAUAUUGCAAGCAUUGAUACAAUAUCAGAAAUAAAUAUGGACUACACAGCUACCAUAUUUCUAAGGCAGCGAUGGACUGAUGAGAGGCUCUGUUUUGAUGGUAAUAAGAGUUUAAGCUUAGAUGGUCGCCUUGUGGAAAUGCUUUGGGUGCCAGAUACCUUCAUAGUUGAUUCAAAAAAGUCUUUUCUUCAUGAUAUCACUGUUGAGAAUCGUCUCAUAAGAAUAUACCCUAAUGGAACAGUCUUGUAUGCUCUGCGGAUCACCACAACUGUUGCGUGCAGCAUGGAUCUGACCAAGUAUCCGAUGGAUAAGCAGACGUGUACUUUGCAACUGGAAAGCUGGGGUUAUAACAUCAAUGAUGUCACGUUUUACUGGACUAGAGGAAAUGAUUCAGUUCGAGGUUUGGACACACUCCGACUGGCACAAUAUACAGUAGAAGACCACUUUACCUCAGUAUCGGAAGCGGCAUAUGAGACAG